AUGGCGCACGGAGCCAGCGUGGACCUGCGCGGCGGCGGCUGCAGCUGCUCGGCGGCCUCCGCACAGCGGCCGCUACUGCAUCCCGGGGGGCUGCGGGGAGGAAGGAGGGCGCCGCAUGUCGGGGGACUACAUUCGGCACUUCAGGCUCCAACCUUCCAGGGUAACUCCUUCCACGUGGACGGACAUGCUCGGAUGGACUCGUUCGAUGCCAUCCCUGUUAGAGAAGAUUGUGGCUUCUCCGGCAGGGUCCGGAGCGGCUGUGUUGAUGGGAUAGAGGGCGGGCCUGUGGAUCGUAACCCAGAUGGACAGGCCGGCCGCAGGAGCGAGGCAACUGGGAGCCCCCCGACGCUGGAGCUCCUGGCUCAGGUGCUGCUCUCCCCUCGCCUGGGGGCACAUGCGGCAGCUGAACUGCACCCAAGGCCCCAAGGCGGGCACUCAGGCUUCCUGCAGCAGCAGCAGCGUCUCCACAGGACCCCCCCAGCCCCCAUCCGGUGUAACCCGCACCUCGGGGGAGGCGCCUCGGCCCGGGCUCAGCCGAACUGGAUCGUGGGGUCUGAAAGGUCACCAUGGCUGCUGUUGGCUCCUCUGCUGUCCCCACCUAUCCCCCAGGUCACCUCCCCGCCGUGCAGCCUGUGUCCAGAGGGCGUGCACAGGUUCCAGUGGAUCAGAAACCUGGUCCCCGAGUUUGGAGUCUGCAGCUCUCACGUCAGGGUGCUCUCCUCCCCCGCAGAGUUUUUCGAGCUUAUGAAGGGGCAGAUAAAGGCAGCCAAGAGGCGGGUUGUGAUGGCCUCUCUCUACCUGGGGACAGGUCCUUUGGAACAGGAACUGGUGGACUGUCUGGAAAGCACCCUAGAAAGGUCACUCCAAGCACAGUUUCCUUCAGACCUCAAGGUGUCCAUUCUCUUGGACUUCAUGCGGGGCUCGAGAGGUAGGAAGAACUCCCGCACGAUGCUGCUCCCGCUCUUGCAGAGGUUUCCAGAGCAGGUCCGUGUCUCCCUCUUCCACACCCCGAACCUCCGCGGGCUGCUGCGGCUCCUGAUCCCUGAGCGCUUCAACGAGACCAUUGGCCUGCAGCACAUUAAGGUGUACCUCUUCGACAACAAUGUCAUCCUGAGCGGCGCCAACCUGAGUGACUCCUACUUCACCAACCGCCAGGACCGCUACGUGUUCCUGCAGGACUGCCCUGACAUUGCAGACUUCUUCACGGAGCUGGUGGACGCCGUGGGGGACGUGUCCCUGCAGCUGCAGGGAGAUGACACCGUGCAGGUGGUGGAGGGCAUGGUGCAUCCUUACAAAGGUGACCGGACUGCAUACUGCAAGGCGGCCAACGCGCGGGUCAUGGAUGUGAUCAACUCUGCCCGCACCCGCCAGCAGCUGCUGCACGCCCAGACCUUCCACAGCGAUGCCCUGGUGACCCAGGAAGACGCAGCAGCUGCAGGUGACCGGGGGCCAGCGCCUGACACCUGGAUCUACCCGCUGAUCCAGAUGAAGCCCUUUGAGAUUCAGAUCGACGAGAUCGUCACCGAGACCCUGCUGACCGAGGCUGAGCGCGGGGCCAGGGUCUACCUCACCACUGGCUACUUCAACCUGACCCAGGCCUACAUGGACCUGGUCCUGGGCACGCGGGCCGAGUACCAGAUCCUUCUGGCCUCCCCGGAGGUGAACGGUUUCUUCGGGGCCAAGGGGGUGGCGGGUGCCAUCCCGGCGGCCUACGUGCACAUUGAGCGGCAGUUCUACAGUGAGGUGUGCAGCCUGGGGCAGCAGGAGCGGGUCCAGCUGCAGGAGUACUCGCGCAGCGGCUGGACCUUCCAUGCCAAAGGCCUCUGGCUCUACCUGGCAGGGAGCAACCUGCCCUGUCUCACGUUGAUUGGCUCUCCUAAUUUUGGGUACAGGUCAGUCCACCGGGACCUGGAGGCCCAGAUUGCCAUCGUGACGGAGAGCCAGGCCCUGCAGCAGCAGCUUUACCAGGAGCAGGAGCAGCUCUACCUGAGGUCAGGCGUGGUGUCCUCUGCCACCUUCGAGCAGCCGAGUCGGCAUGUGAAGCUGUGGGUGAAGAUGGUGACCCCGUUGAUUAAGAACUUCUUCUGAGGACCGCAGGGAUGGCCUUGAUGAAGAUGACAGGCAUGGCGGGCGUCAGCUCCUUCAGCCGCGCCUCGGCGAUGACUCCGGUCGGUGUGUCCCAGCGAGCUCCUGCAGGGACAGCUGGCAGUGAGCGAGGGGAAGGCCGGAAGGGAGAGCCUGGCCUCACGCCCGAAACCACCGCCCGGCUCUGCUUCAGAGCGCACGUGCCAGGUGCCAGGGCGCAGGAACUGCUGGAGAUGGAGUUGUGAACGGGACGCCGCCGGGGGCUGUGUGACUGCCCGCAGCCCACCGUGGACGGCCCAGCUCGCCCGUGUGCUCGGCCCCACCAUUCACACCAUGACGCUCCAGAGCCUCAUCCGCAGCCUUAUCUCAGCGCCGGCACCCAGUGCUCCGGAGACUUCCAGGGGACGGGAGCCCGGCUCCCUGCCCCCCUGCCGUCUGUCCUGUGCAUGUACAUUGUGUCUGUCCUGUGUACACAGUGCGAUGCAUACAUACUUGACACCUGUCCCACGCACAUGUAUGCAGCGCGACCCAUACAUACAGGGUGCCUGUCCCGUGCGCACGUAUGCAGCAUAUCCAUACAUACAUGAUGCCUGUCCCGUGCGCACGUAUGCAGCAUAUCCAUACAUACAUGGUGCCUGUCCCGUGCGCACGUAUGCAGCAUAUCCAUACAUACAUGAUGCCUGUCCCGUGCGCACGUAUGCAGCAUAUCCAUACAUACAUGGUGCCUGUCCCGUGCGCACGUAUGCAGCAUAUCCAUACAUACAUGAUGCCUGUCCCGUGCGCACGUGCAGCAUAUCCAUACAUACAUGGUGCCUGUCCCCGUGCACACGUGCAGCAUAUCCAUACAUACAUGAUGCCUGUCCCGUGCGCACGUGCAGUGUAUCCGUAUGUAUGCUCGUGGAGCUGCUGCCCUGAGCCAGGCUGCUGUUAGUCUGCCCUGUCUAGUGAUGUUUAUGUUUCCUCUCUGUGAUUCCGUAAUAAACAUGGAGGAUGCCUGCC